CCCUUAAAUGGAAUCAAAAAGAUGGCCGAGGCCCCGAAGAUUGAACUCUUCGUUAAGGCCAGUGUGGACGCGGAGAGUGUGGGCAACUGCCCUUUCUGUCAGAGACUCUUCAUGAUUCUUUGGAUGAAAGGGGCCCAAUUCACCAUCACCACCGUGGACAUGAAGAGGACACCUGAGGCGCUGAAGGCUCUGGCUCCAGGCUCUCAGCCUCCAUUCCUCAUCUACAACGACGAGGUCAAAACGGACAACAACAAGAUUGAGGAGUUCCUGGAGGCGACGUUGGCUCCACCAGAGUUUCCAAAAUUGUGCUGUCGAUACAAGGAGUCCAACGGCGCUGGAGAGGACAUCUUCCUAAAAUUCUCAGCAUAUAUAAAGAAUGCUGAUCCUGGAAAAAAUGACUCACUAGAGAAGAAAUUUCUAUCGACUCUGGUGAAGCUGAACAUGAACCUGGAGACGCCUCUUCCUCAUGAGCUGCAACAGAACCCGGAUGCCACUGAGUCGACCCGUCUCUACCUGGAUGGCGACUCCCUCACCUUGGCGGACUGUAACCUGCUCCCCAAACUCAACAUUGUGAAGGCAGUGUGUAAGAAGUACCGUGAUUUUGCCAUCCCCACGGCACUGAAAGGUCUGACACGUUACCUGGAAAACGCCUACAAACAGGAUGUGUUUCGUUACACCUGCCCAAACGACACAGAGAUCCUCCUCGCCUACAAGUCUGUGGCCAAGUACCUGAAAAAAUAG